AUGAACCGGGAGUGUCUCCUUCCGGUCAUCAGCGGCGGGGUUUUUGACAAGGUGUACCUAAACCUAACUGGGCCGUUGCAUACCACAGAAUCUGGCAACAAGUACAUUAUAGCAUUAUCACUCGAUCACUUUACUAAGUUCGUGAUCGCAGCCCCGCUACCUGACUGUUCAGCAGUCACAGUAGCACAUGCAAUAAUGACCGAAUGCAUUCUGAAGUUUGGGGUAAUGACCCAGCUUGUCUCUGAUAACGCCUCCUACUUCAAAGGACAGGUAGUUUCCGAGAUAGAUGAGCUGCUGCAGAUCAGCCGGUACUAUACUACUCCUUACCACCAUGAGGGUAAUGGCGCAUGCGAACGGGUCUUCGCCACUUUUCAUCCGAUGUUUCGCGCAUAUAUUAACGAUAAUCAAUCGGAUUGGGACAAAUAUGUGGCGGCAUGUGCCUUCAUGUAUAACACUAGUGAACAAUCGAGCACGGGUAACACUCCCUUCUUCCUGAUGUACGGGAGGGAUCCGGUCUUUAAUAUAGAUUUAUUGAUCCAACACGAUUUGCAGCGCCAUAGCCCUGGAGAUGAUGAUUCUCGCGUCUAUAUAGAAAAUCUCGUGUCUACCCUUCACGCGGCUUGGAGGGCAGCAGCAGCUUAUAACGAGCGUCAAAGUCGCAAGCUUAAGCAUCAGUACGAUCAGUCCCACUUGGGUCCCCUCGAAGUGAAAGUUGGUGAUCGCGUCUUUUUGCGCGGAUUGUACGCCCCACCUAGGGCUUUCUCGCAAGGUGUCCAACCCCUGGCUGGGCUAGUUUCGGGUCAUAGAGAUCGAUCACCCGCACCUCACCAUUACCAGCGUUUCGUCCCCCCAGUCCCCGCCUAG